AUGAAUUCUCCCGCAUUCAAGCACUCCUACGGCGGACCCGACUACCACCGACGACUUCACGCCGACGAGACCAUUUGGACGAGGCUGACGGAGCCGAGCGUCGUCGUGUCCCUCUUUGCACUCGUCCUCACAGCGCUCGUCUCUGUUUUCGGCGCUUCCCUUCCGACCACCCUACUCUCGCACGCCUCUCGGACCCUCUGGGACGUAAUCGUCUGGCUUAUCCCCCACGACGCCUUGACCCUUCUGGAAGCCUGGCUGCAUCCGCCGCUCGUUCCGCGACCGAUGCUCCAGAACCAAGCCAGAACACAUGCGGCCAAGAGUGCGCUCCUGAAGAAGAUUCUCGGCAUGGACAGACAGGGAGGCAUCAUGGGGACGGUCUCGCAAGCCGGCAUUCGAGGGCUGUCGUCCGUCUCCGGGGCCAUGAUGAGCCUCAAGGGCUCCAGCAACUACCCGCCGGGCCUGGGGAACCUCGAUAACUCGUGCUACCAGAACAGCAUCCUGCAAGGGCUGGCCUCGCUCAAGCCUUUUCCAAAGUACCUGGCCGACCCCGUCCAGGACCCCGAGAUUGACCGCCGGAAAGUCGAGGCCGUCGACACGCUGCGGAACCUGAUUGAAGACCUCAACAGCGCUCGGAACUACGGCAAGACGCUGUGGACGCCAGGCUCGCUCAAGAACAUGAGCACGUGGCAGCAGCAGGAUGCGCAGGAAUACUUCUCAAAGCUGCUCGACGAGGUGGACAGGGAGAUUUCAAAGGUGGCCAAGGCAACCAUCAAGUCGUCGGGCUUCGAGUCCGAGUGCGCCAACGACGACACUGCCACGAGCCAGCACAGCGACGACAGCGGCUACCAGAGUUUGUCGACGGCUUCCAAGAUCAGCGCGGCCUCCAAGUCUCUGAGAAACCCCCUCGAGGGGCUCGUUGCUCAGCGGGUGGCCUGCGUGGAGUGUGGGCACUCUGACGGCCUUUCCAUGAUCCCCUUCAAUUGCCUCACGCUCAGUUUGAAUGUGGGCGGCAAUGAUCACGAUUUGUACGAGCUUCUAGACGCGUACGCCCACAUUGAAUCGAUUGAGGGCGUUGAGUGUGGAAAAUGCACGCUCCUAAAAGCCAAGAGACUGCUGACCCUCCUCGUUGAGAGAGCGGAAGCGUCGUACACUGACGAGCAGAAGCUCAAGGAACCAAAGUCGCGGCUGGCGGCCGUUGAGGAGGCCCUGGAAGAGGACGACUUCGAGGACAAGACGUUGACGGAAAAGUGCAAGUUCCCCCCCAACUUCAAGGUCUCGUCGACAAAGACGAAACAGGCCGUCAUUGCACGCCCGCCGCAGAGUCUCGCCGUUCACAUGAACAGGUCCGUGUUUGACGAGAACACUGGCAUGAUGUACAAGAACUCGUCCGGGAUCCGGUUCCCCCUGACGUUGGACCUCGGACCGUGGUGUUUGGGUAGUGCCAGCAAAACGGGUUCCACUGACGGCUUGGAGGACGAGGAGCAGUGGCUGUUGGAUCCGCGGUCCUCGAUGAUUGCCGGCGACAAGCGCAAGUCGUACAUUACCGGGCCGAUCUACGAGCUGCGGGCCGUCGUCACGCACUAUGGCCGUCACGAAAACGGGCACUACGUCUGUUACCGCAAGUUCCCUCGACACUCGCCGCCGAGUGAUGGCGAGGAGGUUGUCUCGCCCAAGUCGGAGCCUCUGGACGACGACCCCGAUGCGGACAUGGACUGGUGGCGUCUCAGUGACGACACGCUCCGCAAGGUUGACGAAGAGGAGUUGCUGGCGCAGGGUAAUGUCUUUAUGCUAUUCUACGACUGUGUCGACCCCAACAUUAUCCCCUCGUCCGAGGUUACUGCCGUAGAGGCUGUGGCGGCCCAGGACGCAGACGCGAUGGACGCAGAGGACGAGGAGACGCCCAAGGUGGAGAAGCCCGCCUUUACAUGCACGGUGAAGGAGGUCUCGGAGGAGGAUGAUGAUGAUGAGAUGCCGGUGGCCGGUACUAUGGUGGCGGUCGCCGAGGGAGAUGUCUCACAGGCGCGGUCUGUGCCGCUGCCAGGAGACGGAGACGACGAGUUGGGAGAGAAUCAGACCGAGCGAGGACCGCAGAUGAUUGCCGUCUGA